AUGCGUGGUAACGCCUCUAGUGAGGGUAUGGGGAUCCCAUACCUUGGCGACACCCGCCGGAGCGGGCUCGCACACACACGAGGAGACUCAACGGUGAACGCGGCGCAAGUGCGCCGGCUCUCAGUCCUCUUCGUCCGGUCGGAGCUCUCGGAGCACCGCCGCGACGAGGCCUCCACCACUGCAUCCGACGCGACAGCACCUGGAGACGCCGACGUUGUCAAUGUGGACACGUUCGAGAGCACCGAUGCGGACGGGGAGGAAGACGUGGGUCGUGUCGCCGUUGUGCCAGCUCACACACCGCGUGUUGGCCACGUGUCCCUUCGCGACGCCGUCAUUCUUUCGUAUCGUGGCGCCAGUGAUGACUACGUGAUGCACCGCCGCACGGUGGCCACGUCGUGUGGACACGGCGCACCGCCGUCGCCCGUAGAUGAGCUUGUAUCCGUGGCCACGGAAGACAGCCGUGUGCUCCUCCGCCGCAGUGGGCUGACAACAGACCCGCGCACGUCAGACGUCCCGGCUGUGCGCAUGUGGUGCGGAUGCAACAAUGACGAUGACGAAGAGGUGCAACAAAGGGAGAGCAGAGCGUCCACGUGCCGAUCACGUGGUGGCGACCAGUUUUUUGUGUGGGAUGACUGCUCUACAUUGUCGGACAUGCCCCCUGCGCGCAUCUCCUCUGCGACCCCGAUAACCGUCUCCUCGGCCCGCUGGAAGCAAGAGUCCAGUGUGCUGCUCGAGCACGCGCGCGGCACCCUGCACCGGGUGCGUCCCCGCUGCGGCACCUUCAGUGCCACAGUGAGCAGCUCAUCACCGAACCCGCAGCGUCCGUUCGGCGCUAGCAACGCCUGCGGCCGAUGCCAGGCAGACUUCGUGGCGCUCUCCAUGAACUCUUUGUCAUUGGUCCAGUCGCGCGAGUAUGGUGCCGACCUCGCUGCGGUUCACCACACCGCCUUCGCGUGCGAAAUGAGCGCGAACGCAAUUUGCAUGGAUGACUGGGGCCCGCACAGCACAGUCGUCGGUUUCUCAGAUGGGACGCUGCGCGUGGUGGACUGGCGCACGCCAGCAAGAGGCUCCCCCCUACACGGAGGUGACGCUUCUGCCAACGAUGAAGAAACGCACGUUGCGCUCUGCACGCAUGUGCCGCAGCCGUCGUGGAUGAGGCAUGGUGGUCGCUCGGCGGCCGCCGUUGCAUCAGUGGCCGGUGUGUUGUCGUGCUGCGCCUUCGAGGACAGCUUCCGCGUGGUCUGCGGACUGGGAGAUGCCUCGGGUGCCGUCGUGAUGGCCGACCUUCGCCGCCCCGAAAGCGGGAACCGUCUCGGGCGUCGUCGCACGCGCGCGGAGCAGCAGGCCGGGCAGCACCUCUUCGCCGAAGCCGGCGGACAGAGCCCUACGGGGCGUGCUGUGACAGACAUUCAACGCGACCCCUCGUGUUUUGGUCGCAUCGGGCUCGUCGAUGUGACGGGCAGGGCUGCCCUGACCAAUGUGGCUGCGUUGGAGGUGAGCGCCGGCAGCCCCGCAGCAGUCUUGUCAAAGCGCAGUCGCACAAGGGACAGAACUGGCGUGCCUUCGUAUCUCGGUCCCAGCGCCGCUGCGCGGCCGCGUCUUCCACCGCCGCCGUCGCCGUGGUCGGUCUUGGAGCGCCUGGGGAGCCUGUCGCCGACUGCGUCUCGGUCGGCGGUCCUGACAACCAUCUUGCACAGCAUCCGGGGUGACCCCCAGCGCGCUGUUAUCGACACGGGCAAUGCACAAGGUGGGUCGUUUCGCACCCCCUUCGCGGCGCACCGGCGGCCACGUUGCGCCUUCAGCGACGACGGUCGUCAUUUUGCGCACAUAUCCACGAAAAGUGCCCUCGUCGCCACCCUGCGGUACGCAGGUGCGCAAUCUGGUGCCUUGGUCGGUGGCCCGUCCCUUUCUCCUCCUCCCGGCAUCUCUGCGACACAUGUGCAGUUUGCGCCAAGCACAGCGAGUGGGCAGGCAGCACUGACGCCGUCGCCUUUCAUCGCCGUUUCAUCUGUGGACGGGCUCCUAUGCUUCGACACUGGAGACGGGCACACGCUCGCGAUGCCGAUCGCGUGA